AAAAAGGAAAAAAUCAUCGGAAUAUGCUUCUCGAACGAACGUAGGAGAGGAAAAAAAAUUAAUCGCGAGGCGACAGGGGCGGGGAGUGUGCGCUAAAUUUCCCUUUUCUUCCCCUCCUCGAUUCCCUCCUCUUACCCCUUCUCUCCGUCUCGCUGUCUGCUUCGUUUCGUGGAAGGGGAAGAGAACGAACCAAGGCCCCUUCUGUCUUCUCUUGGGGCGGAGAGAACCCCAAAAGAAAAGAGAGGUCCGGCGAGGAAGGGAGGAGGGGCGAGGGCGAUGGAUGCGGAAGAUUUGAGAAGAAUGAUGAGGAGCCUGGGCGUAGAUCUGUGGACGCUGAUCGAGACCGCGCUCGACGUCGCCGCGACGGACUAUGGCAAGGAGCUCCGGGAGCGGCGAGACGGGAUCGUGGAGCGGCUUUACUCGGCGUGGCCGCGGGCGGCGGAUCGGUGCCGGAACUGCGCUUCCGGUGCCGCGACGGAGCGGGAGGCGGCCGUCGGCCUGUCGACAGGGGGAGUAGAGGGGAAGGGGAGUAGUAGCCCCGCGGCCGGGAAGCGGGCGGCGACGGCAUCGCCGCUGUGGAUGGAUGGAGAGGAGAAAGGAGAAGAGAGAGAAGGAGAAGACGAUGACCAUCCGAUCGACGACAAGACCAAAAUUUUGGCCAUUAAAGAAUUUCUGGAAGACCCCGAUCAGACGGAGGAUUCUUUGGUCAGCCUGUUGCAAAAUCUUGCAGACAUGGAGAUUACAUUCCAAAAUCUUAAGGAAACGGAUAUAGGAAGGCAUGUGAACGGCUUUCGGAAGCAUCCAUCGCCAGAAGUACGGCAAUUGGUUAAGCUACUCGUGAGGAGGUGGAAGCAUAUCGUGGACGAGUGGGUGAAAUCGAGUUCCGCCGGCGACACUGCAUCUCCUGCGAAUAUCACUGACGGAGACUCGCCACAGCAAAUCCCUGUGAAAAACCACCAAAAUGGGCACCAUAUGGCUUCAGAAUUCGGGUACUCACCAAAUCCUCCCAAAGGUUACGUGAGCUCUGAGAGAAAUGGCGGGGAAUCAAUGGAGCCGAAACCAAAGGCCGUCCCGCGGAAGGAAGUUCCAGCUAAGCCAAACCACUCCUCUCCGCCUUCUGCACUCUCUCCUCCAGCUAACGCCAACGAGCAAAAGCACAGCCUGCUCGAUCCCGAGAGACUCGCUUCCGCGAGAAGACGACUUCAUGAAAACUACCAAGAAGCCCAAAAUGCUAAAAAGCAGAGGACCAUUCAGGUGAUGGAUAUCCAUGAGAUCCCGAAACCAAAAAAUUCCUUCGUGCGGAACAAAGGCAGCGGCUUCCAGGCGAAGCACUGGUGAAGUCCGGUGACCGGCCGGUGCCUGUAAUACCUUUGUUAUGAUGCUUUGCCGAUGAUGGAUUUUUUUUGGAUUGGGGGAUUAUGAGUUCUCAUUUUUCCAAUCAUUUAAACUAACUGAAGAUUUUGGAGAGAGAUGAGACGAAAAUAAAAGGAGUAUUUAUCAGAAAAUUAACGGAUUUUUUGAUUGGCUGGUGUGGAUGCAACGUGUCCACGUGUCUUUUUUUUCUUUUUUUUUUUCCGUAGUCACAGGAAGGGGAAUCUCCUGAUGACUGGUGGAGCCUGAGAAUUAGUGGCUUUCUUGCUGGCUAGAAAAGUGAAAACCAGUGGCCUUUAAUCCGCGGGAAGAAGGGGAUGGGAAUUGGGAACUGGCUAACUGUAUUUGUUGGCGUGGAUUGUCAACAUGACAACCAUGACCAGACCAUGACAGUAACAUCAUCUGGUUAAUUAGUGGUAUAACCGUAGGACUUCUCUGGAGAUCAGCGAUACAUUCUGUAGCACCAUAGACAGCUAAAAAGAAGCCGAAAGGAAGGCUUUCUGAGCAAUUUGGCUCGGGUGUCAUUCACCCAACUACGAGAGGGUGGUACACAAAUAGUUGGUGGCUGAUACACAGAGACUUGAGAGUAAAGCAUGAAUAGAGAUGGUUACGCCCUGCACUUGAGACUUGAGUGAGGGCAUCAUGUCUGAGGUCAGGUGCUUCCCUUGAGUCGCGAAGAUGUUGGACAAACUUCGGCGUCUGCUUUUUAUCCCGACAGUGGAACAAAAUAGUCUUGCUAGAAGAGUUAUUUUUCAUUGUCACCAAGACAUGUUUAGUUUUAAAUUUUUAAAAAUGGUGUUAAGUCUAGGAAUACUUUCCCGGGAAUUAUGUUAUGUAUAACCAAAUUGGACGGUUUCCCAGGGGUAAUUGUGAUGGCGGUUUAAAUGCGGACACAAUCUGUUUCCUGUACGUGGUUAUUUUUCACAGGUCAUAUCCUGACAGCUCGAUCCUUUAAAACACAAUCUAUUCAUGAU